CUCUUCGGAGACGGUGGCUGUCGUCCCCGCCGGGGUCCUUGAACCCCGCGGAGUAGUUCCGAGUCCCCCUCCGCCUGUCCUCGGAAUCGUGGGUCCUUUGCUCUCAUUCUGCUUCCGAAGGACGGGGAGCGCAGGGUUCUGGUUCGGAACGUGAGUGCUCGGUGGGUUGUUCCUGCGCGCGCGUGCGUGUGUGCGUGGUGCGUGUGUGUGUGUGUGUGUAUCACAGCCUCGUACAAAUGAAAUGACUUCUUACCAUGAUUGGUGCUGUAUUGGUGCUUGCUAGGUCUUUAUUAGGAUUUCGUCACUGCUUGAAGAAACCAGUCUCUUCCCUGAUAAAAAAUAUGAAUAGAUUGUUAGUCAUAAACUCAAGUGCAGUCAGAAUAGAUUGUAGCUUUAAAAGAGAUGUGUUGGUGACUUGAGGUACCCUGCAACACAGGUAGGGCCGGACUGGUUUUCUAAGCAACUGUCAGAGGUGAAGAAAGGUGAGGUUAAAAUGCCUUUCUUCUUCUUUUCUGAAGACAGUGUUCUGCACGGUUUUCAACUUUUAUAAAUGUGUAAGAAUGCAAAGGGUGUAUGUUGCUGAGAAUACUGAAAUAUCCAAGUUCACCAUACCAAGUCUUGCCUCCCCCCACCCCCCCCCCCCACCAUAAUUAGAGUUUUAAGCGAGGUUUUGCCUAAACAGACCAGACAGGAGGAGGCCGGGUACCCAUUUCACUAAAUGACCACAAAUUUUGCUGAGACAAUAAAAUUGGUUUCUUGUUAAUGGUGCUAUGAUUGGUUACCAGUAUGUUAUCAAAUAGCAUAUUCCCAUCUCCUCCAGAUAUUAGCAGAUCUGGAGAGAAAUACAUACAGGUUUUAGCCUGAACUGUCAGACACUCUUUUGUCAUUCUCCUCAUUUCACACAGGCUUGUUUUCACCUGUGUGUUUCGUGGGUACUGGCUGAUAGGUGCUAAGGUCCUGGACUAAGCAUUUAUAACCUAACAUAUAUUAGACUGUAAACUCCUUCAGGGCAGGAACUCUUCCUUGUACGGCUUCUAUCUCACGCAGCCUUGCGCAUAGUUGAUGGUUGAUACUAUUGCAUGAAAGCACAUUUUACGUCUUAAAGCUCAGCAGGAUUGACCAGUCACUGAUAAGGGUGGAAAGCAGAUCUCUUUAUGGCUAUUAUGAAAUGUCUGAAUUAUUCAUAUUUUCAACAGAUAGGUAAAAUUACUGUUUGAGAGAAUUGUUUUUCCUCCUUUCAGUUCACAUAGAUCCUGGUCCCUCUUACCGUGAGGUUUAAUUAUACUGUAGACUUGAGUUUUUGUGUGAAACAACUCCUAACUGCUGCUUCUCAGAAGUUGAACCAGAUAAUACUCCCUUUCAGCUAAUACUAAUGGUAGCUUUUAAAGCAAGUUGCCUAAAUUACAGGUACAAUCUAACAUGCUUGAAACUGACCUGAAUGUCUACAUACCAUCAGGUUGCUUUAGAAGGUGAGCAGAGGAGGGGAAGGUGGUGCCAAGGGUAAUUCCAGGAAUUUGAAUGUCAUCAGCUCCCUCUGCCAGAGAAACAGCUCUGCUUUUAAUCUAAAUAAAUCUGAAUUGAACCUCAUCAUCAGGAUUCCUUUCGCAUCUUUUGGUGCUGGUGUUUGGCCAUGCUUGUACAAGCUAAUGAAUAACUCACUAGAUCACUAGAUAAACGAGAUCCACUUGUGGCUUUUCUGGCGUUAUCCACACAGCAUAAAUGCAUACUUGGAAAGGUGGAUAAAACUGGUGAGUUUCAGAGUUCUGAAUGUUAGUUGCCAGCGGAAACAGAGGAAUUUGCUUUAAGGUAGGGAAAAGGUAGUGUGGCCUUCAGGUUUUCAGAAGGGAAAAGGAUUCUGCAAUUUGGAGUCAUUGUUGAGACUUCAGUCCAAUUCCAUAUACUGACAAAUUGGGUAGCAUUACUAAAAGACCAACGUUCCAGGCCUAAGUGAGUGUAUUUGUCAAACCCGGGCCUCUGCUGUGUGAGUUUUAGCCCUUGUCCACUGCAGAGUGGUCCAUGGUUCAGCAUUACAGAGGAAGCAGGAGGAUGGUAAGGAUGAGAAGACAUUGUCCAGAGCUUUUAUUGAAGAUCCACAGAACAUGAAUUGACCAGCUAGAGAUUAUUUACAAUACCAUUUCCUGUGCCUGGAAUGCUCUUCUGACUCCUCGCAUGGCUGCCUCUUUUUCAUCCUUAAAUUUCAGUUUAGAAAGUCACCUCAGAGAGGUCUUCCCUAACCGCUUGCGUACAUCCAGUCUCCCUUCCUGAUCCUCCCUUGGAAGUUAUCACAAUCGGAAAUUGCUUGCUUGCUGGUUGUCUCCUCAUUAGGUUGAGACUUCCUCAGCAGCGCCCUGUCUCCUUCACUAGCAUAGCAUCUACUCCAGAAUAAGCAUCUGAUAACGACUUGUGAAAAUAAUUCAUCCUUGCUUCCUAAGAAUUUGUGAGUGAAACCCUGUGAGUGGAGUUCUGAUCUCUGUGAUUGACUUGUGAUGAGGUCUCGUACAUUUCACAUUUCACUCGGCCAUUCCUGCAUCAGUUUCCCAAGAACAUUGGCAAGAGAAGGGAGGUUGUUGCCAUAAAAUGAAGAUGCUUUGGAGAGGAGAGGAGGCCUGGAAAGGAUCUCAGGAAGUGCUGGGUCAUAGGGCAGAAGAGCCCCGAUGGCCCUUCUGCGAACGGGAAGAUGUUUUCACUUCCUCAUCCGCAAAAUGGACAGUGUCAUCCCUGCCUCCUUCCAGGGAUGUUGUGGGGAUCAGGUGAGCUAAUGUGUCAGAAAGUGCUUUGUAAUUUGUAGCACGCUUUACAAAUACAAGAUAUUCUGUUACUAAGUUCCAGACUUGAAAAUAGAGCCUGAUUAUAAUGCCAUCGCUGGGAUCUGUGCUGGGAGAGUAUAUAAAAAGGAGGCCCAUUGGGUAUAUUGUAAUAUCCCCUUUUAUGGGUAAAGACAGAUCCGUGUGAUCCCAGAUAUCAUGUUGUAACGGGUUAUGUAAUGGUGGGGCAUCAGUGUAUCAAUUAAAGAUUGAGGGCUUCAAAAGAACUGCUUGCAGUGGUCACAGAAUAUAAGAGUCAUACCUUCACCCACCCUUCUAGAGGAUACAUAGGCCAGAUGCGCAGUUCAUAACUUUCACAGGAGAAUUGAGGGAGGUGAAGUAAAACAGGAAAUUUCACAGUCCACGGGUUACCCAAGAAAAACUAGUACCAGGCAGCAAAUCCCAGGACAGUCUGCCUGAGCCACCCUUAACAUGAGCCUUGUAGUGGGUCAGACCUUAUUCCCAGUCUGAAGAGCCCGAGGGGCGUGGAGGCCCAGCGGUGUGGUGGUGGUGAGAGCCUGGCUUAGCUGUCAGCCCCACAGCUCACCAGCUAUGACCCUGGAGCAAGUUACUCACCUCCGAGUGCCUCCAGCCCCGCAUCUGUAAAUGAAGGUAAUGGUAGUAACCCGCCCCACACGGUUGUUGAGAAGAUUAAAUAGUUAUACAUAUAAAUCACCCAGAACAAUGCCUGUCAGAUGAGUUUAUUAUUCUUACUGGCUUUAUGUUCAUUGUAACAAUCUGGAGUUACCCAUUGGGUGACUCCAGUGCUCAUUAAGUAAAUUUAAAGUUUUAAAGACUCCUUUCCCAUCAUUAGACUAUUGUGCUCGUUGUCAUUAAGAUUAGAAUAGAACCCACGUAUCUUUUCCAUUGGGAAAUCUAUUAUGUGUGUGUCUAAAAGGAAUAAUAUUUUCCCAUCCUGUGUGUGUGUGUGUGUGUGUGUGUGUGUGGUGUGUGUGUGUGUGUAUUGCUGCUGGUCGGGCACUCUGUAGGAAGAGUUACAAAGGACAAGAGACUAUCCCCGCUCUCGUACAUUUCUGCCAUUGCGCGAAGAUUGUGUGGGACACUAAGUGAAUCAAAAGGCUAUUGAUGACUAUGGCAGUGGAACGAAUAGGUUUUUGUUAGUUUGCCGUUUCUUAAAAUACUCAGCUAGAAAAUACUCUGGAUUAUUCCAGAAAUUAGGUCACUUAGCUUUGAUUUCAGCAGUCUGAAGAUAAUUAUUUUCCUUGUUGCCUCAGUUUUACCACCUACAAGUGGGUCGUCUGUGCUCCCACGCUGGAGAGAGGUGAGGACUGGAGCUUCAGGGGACAGAAUGUUCCUCUCACCAUGUAGAACCGUCUCCAUCGCUGCUGAAACCAGCACGCUUACCUGGAAUUCAUGCAGGAGAAUUCUAAUUACAUUUUAUUUAUUAACUUAAUAUAAAAGACAUUAACUUCUCUAUGCUUUUGCUAUGAAGGCCAUUUAUGCUUUCUGUGACAGCAGGGGACCACAAAGGAAAUUUCUGAACCUCCCCCUUCACUCCCUUCGUCCAAAUUGCAGUCUGUUAAAGGGAAAUCUGAGAAAAGGCCCGAGUUAGGGCCUUUGAUUGUGAAGAGUCCUUUGCUAGUAGUAAACUCAGAUCACGCAGCACCCUAACUGUCGUAAACACUGAAUGUGUUCGAUGAAUAUUGAAUCAGUAAGUUUUCUCGUAUUAUUAAUAAAAGUUACAAUUCUGUGAAACGCUAAACUAAAUGUUCAGUGUGUCAAAUAGCUUGGGUGCUAGUGCUUUAGACACUGAUCACAAUAAAGUCAUGGAUUUUGUUUUGUUUUUAAUGUUCUGAAAGGUGAUUAUUUUAGGCAUUUUCAGACUGAAGAUAAACACGCAGAUGUUGGUUUAUUUGGUUGGCUUAUCCGAAUCAUGGGAUUUGUCAUGCUCCAAAAUCAGUUUCUUUUUACAAAUUUUGGCUCUAAGUAGGAUUAUCUUUUAUCUCCCUUGGUAAGGAAAUAGUCGUGUAGGUAGUUGUUAAAUAAGGUUGAAAAGACCCAUUUAUCACCCUGAAUAAACAGAAAUCAGGUUCUCAAACCAGAUUGAGAGAAGGAAAUUACAUCACACUUUAAAUAAGGAAGCACUGGGCAGAACUGGGUGAGUUGUAUGACAAAAAUGUGCCCCUCCCCCUCUUGUGGAUUGCUUCUGAGAUUUAUUAAUGAGAUCUGGUGGCAAGGUAAACACAUCUAGGUUACCCUCUGAAGGUAGCCUCGUUUAAAAAAGAAAACGUUUUCGAAGUGACUUCCCCUCAAGCUAAAGGCAUGUGAUUUCACCUUAAUAAAGCAUGUGUGUAUGCUCUGUGGUGGUAGCCUUUUUUGUUUCUUUAAGGAAAGUGACCUUAAAUUUAGCAACAAAAAACAGUAGGUACAAAAAGGAAGAGUGUGGAAGAGAAGGUGAAAUUCGUUAUUUCAGAAAGCUCUUCCCUGGUUGCUUAAGUAAAUAUACAGUAACAGAAACCAGUCUGCAAAUGGUCCAUUUUAGGUUUUGGAAAUGAAUUUAAUGCAAAUGCCUUGCCUGCUGCUUCCCUGAACUUGUUACAUUAUUAUCAGGAGGUUAUCCCUUAGUUUGCUGAUUUACAGUAAACGUGAAUCUGUCCUGUCAUUACUUUUUUAAAAAUGAGAUUAGUAUUUUCUCAGUAUCGAUUUAGUAAAUAUUUACUAGAAUGAAUGACACCAGGAUCUACCCGGGAGUGGAGGUGGGGGGAGGGUCCCAAAAGAUUUGGAGGAUGAGUAAGGAGUCAGGGCAUGGCACAAAACAGCGCAAGAGUGGAGACCCCGCUGUGGCUUUUCAGAAGGGAAGUGGUGAGUGGAGAAGGUGGUGUGACAGGUGGCCUCCAAGGACAAGGUGGAUUCUAACAGAUUUGGGGAAGACAGAAGCCGGAGUUUGAAAAAGGUGGGUCAGGGUCUGCCUUGUUUUCAAGGCUAUAACCCGAAGGGCUUUGAUUUAGAAGCCCUUGAAGAUUUUUGAGCAGUGGAAGAUCUGAAUUUGAGCUCCAGUUCAGGAAUAUUGAUCUGGUCCUGGUGUGGUAGGCUGGAUUAGGUAUUUUCACACGCAGGGCAGUGUGGUUCCAGUGAACGGAAGGAAGACGGGUUUGAGAAGCUGCGUAGAAAUAGGCUAUGGAACUUGGUCGUUGAAUGUAUACCUGUAACUCAGGUUAAGAGUGGUGCCUGCGGAAGCUUGAUCCUCCGAUCCUCGCAGACCCCGAACUGGUUUGGGAAGGGGGAUGGGGUGUGAAGUAAGUGACAUGAGUUCGGUCUGUAGAGCUGCAGAUGCCAGAGGACCGUCCAAGUGGAAAGAUAAUCACCAGACAAUAGGAAAUGCAAAGUGGAAGCUUGAGCCGGGGCGGGGGUGGAGGUUCAGGAGAGGGAGGAGCUGUCUGGCAGAGCUGGAGCCAUCGCAGUGGACCAAAACUGGGGUGGGGGGGGGCGAGGGUUGCGAGGAGAGAAAAUAGAGGGAGGGCUGCCGCAGGAAACAGAUGGUUUUAGGGGAUAUUAUAUUUUGUCUUGAAGUUUUUUUAAAAAAGUGAUGUUAAUAAGAAAAAGUCGUUCAUAUCUGGGAUUGCUAUUUAACUGACUAGUGAUGGAUUUUAGGAAAGUUCUUACACCCAGGGUCAUUUAGGUCCCGUCCUACACCGCGCUGCUGCGUGCACAUUCUCCUUCCUACUUUGUGUUUCGUCCAAGAAUGCCAUCUUGUACUUAGAGACUCUGAUCUGCGCGCGUACGCGUGUUUUCUGCCGUUGCUGCCUAAUGAAUUGUCAGGUAGACUUAGUUUGACAGUCACACUGGAACAAGAUUCGAAACACUGGCUCAGUGGUGUUUCUUUUGACUUGACGUUGACCUGGCUGAUCUUCCCUAGGAGGAGUGCAUAUGGAAGGCUUGGGGAGUUCGGAGUUCGGAGUUCGGAGGGAGGCGGGGAAGAGGUGGCUUCCUGCCUCCGCUGGCUUCCCCAGGAACGCGCAGGAAACGCUUGCUCCCAAACCUACGGCACGUCCCCCUUCCCGAGUCUGCAGUUGGAAGUUAUUUCCAAAAGAGAACACGAAGCUCGCUUCUCCGAGCAGCAAGUAGGAAGUCCGGACAGUUUCAUAACAUGGCCCAUUCACAAUUCCCCAUUGAAAUGUGGAGGCAGGGUCACCUUCUAUGAAUACACAAAGACACUAUUGUGGUCAGAAGUGAGCUGGCUUAGUGAACACAAUUCUUUUUAUACUAAAAAAAUUUUUUGCUUAAGAAAGCUAACAAGUCGGUGAUGGGAACAAUGAAUAAAAAAUAACUUUCGAGAACGUAUACGAAAUUUUAAGGGGCCACUGAAAUGUGAGUUUAGAAUUCCGAGGCCAUUCCAGCAGAGGCGAUAGUUACACAAUCAUUCUGUUGAAAGCUAAGAUUUAGAUGGCAUUAGGAGGCUGACACACAGUAAUUACGCGAGCACUUGCUGGCCUGCAGACAGGUGGGGGUUGGGCCUCCAGAAUCCCCCGCAGCAUUUUCCUGUAAUCUGGAUGAGUGAUCUCCAAACGUGUGCUUUCAAACUACUUAAAUACCAUAUUCUUCUUCCUAUCUGGCCUUUCGUUUUUACAUCACCCUGGAUGCUUGCCCCGUGGUCUUGCCCCAGCUUGCGGGGCGCUGGGGGAAAGCGCCACAUACCUACAGGCCAGGUGCCUGGAGGGAGCCCCAAGCAGUGUUUUCUAAAAAUGGGUUUUCAAAAAAAAUUUUUUUGUAGAUUUCCUUAAUCCAGGUGAGGUAAGAACACAACGUGUUUGAUUUCAAUCCUCUAAAGACCAAAAAUGACAAAUCAAAAGACGACCUGCCACUAACUUAGAUUUCUUAAAUGGCGGGUGGUUGUUUUUUUCCCCCCUGUUCUUCAUCCUGUAUCUUUGAGCAACGGAUCACAGAAAAAGGAUGCUUGACUCUUUGAAAUAAUGUUUGAAACCUAUUUAAGUCUCUGCCUAACGUAUCGAGGCAGCUGGCUUUAGGAGGGUAAAAAGGUGAGGACCAGUGACCAGGACCCAUCUGCACUUUGUCCCUGAAACUUUGCUGCUGGCUCUCCAUUUCCUUUUGCGUGAAAACCAAACGGUAAACACUCGCAGACUAUGUUUUAGCUCUGUAGCUAAAAAAAAAAAAAAAAAAAAAAAAAAAAAAAGACUGUGCUUUAUUCAUUGUAGACAUUGGAUGCUGAUGAUGGUAAAAGUCAGAUGGGGUCGGGUAGUAAUCGUCCAGCGAGCAUUCACCUCUUGAGCACUUCCGGUGUUCCAGGUAGUGAUGAUCGGGACCCAGCCUCUUUUCUGGACUUGCAGUCUAGCGGGUGACAGAUUUGUCCAUACAACAACAACAAAAUGGCCCGUGUACCCCCUCCGCCCUCCACCGCGGAUGUGUCGCUCAUCUGAGUCACCCCGGGUCCUUGGCACACCACCCGGCUCUCGGGGGGCGCACACAUGCUUGGUGAGAGAAUGGGAAAGCCUCGCCAGGUGGCUGUGCACAUCCCAGAGGGGGUCAGUGUUGCACGGAGAGUUGACACAUUGCGUCCUAGUGUCUACAAGAAAAAGUCUCGACUGGCUAUAAGCAAACAUGAAUAUCUGAAGAAAGCAGAGAUGGAUGCUAACGAGCCCUUCUAGAAAGAGGGUGUGGGGCCUGGGGGACCGCAGACACUGGCCAUCUGACAAGGGCGAGGGCCCUCACACUGAGGCACUACUAGAUUGAGGAAAAGGCGCCUGCUUCACCUCUGUAAUCCUUGCCUUGCAGCGAGGCAAGACUCGGAUCCCCAGGCACUUCGUACAGAAGAAUGUGAAGAAUGUGCCUUUAAGUUUGUCUUUCUAGAGGGAGGAGGAAGCUGUCCAGUCCUCCGACAAAGCUAGUGGCCUUGCAGAACUUGAUUUUUACAGGAUAAUGGAAAUUAGUAUCUUCACCUGGAACUCUUUCUUUAUUCUCAAACAGGCAGUACCUGGAGAAUCUGUCCUCCUGGGCCAAGCCUGAAAUGCAGCCUGCAGACAGCUGCCAGGCAGGGGGGUAACCUGGGGCCGCAGUAGGAUCUCUCGUUCUGUCGAAGCUCUGGGUUUAGUGAACGUUCGAGCCGCAGUACUGAACGCAGUAAUUUCUGAGAUCGCUUUGUUGGCUGGGGGGACGGCGAGCCCCAUGGCCGUGACCUCCGCACCCUGGAAGGUCGGAUGGGAAGUUAGAGAACUGCGUGCUGGGGACAAGUGAGCGCGAUGUGCUGUGUAGCUGUCUGGCCGCAGUGGGAGUCCGCUGUUGCCCAUCGUACAUUAUAGCUCACUUUGCUGAAAACGUUUCAAAGCUUUGAUUAGUAUUUCCCCCCAAAAUUGUUCUUAAUGUCUCCAUUUAAGUACCAUCGUGAAAAGUGAGAAUUCGCUCAUGCGAAGAUGUCGGAAUUGAAUGAACGCCUGUCACUACGUUUUUCUGCCCGGCAUCCCCUGAAGUUCUCUGGUACUAGCUAGCGUGGGUAUUUCGGAAUUGUUUAUUCUCUCGUCUUUUUGUCAUCCCCACCCCUAGGGACCUCGAGCUGCUGGUUGGUGACAGAUCCCUAGGCGUCCCCAGUGAGGAGACCUCCAGAGUAAGGCACAAUGUCCACAGCAGGAGUUGCUGCCCAGGAGAUUCGAGUCCCGUUGAAAACCGGAUUCCUGCACGAUGGCCAAGCCUUGAGGACCGUGAGGGCCUGCUGGGGCGGCCGCAGCGAGUUUGAAAAUCACUUUUUGAACAUCGACCAUACCAUGGCCUACAGCCUCAACUCUUCGGCCCAGGAGCACCUCACAUCUCUUGGGCGCGCUGCGACGUCCGCGCCAAGGAGCGGCAGCCACUUUGCAGAGCACGGCCCCUCCCAGAAGCCCAGCUUGGCCCCUCUCAUCAUUCCCCCGGGCGAGCACCCGGGACCGCGGGAAGAGGAGCGAGUCGCGUGUGGUUUUAGGAAACUCUCGGUGAACGGCGUGUGUGCUUCUCCCCCUCCGCUCACACCCAUAAAGAGCCCCCCUUCCCCCUUCCCCUGCACGGCCCUCUGUGAACGCGGUUCCCGGCCCCUCCCGCCACUGCCCAUCUCCGAAGACCUCUCUCUGGACGAGACAGACUGCGAGGUCGAGUUCCUGACCAGCUCGGACACGGACUUCCUCUUGGAAGACUGUACGCUUUCUGGCUUCAAAUACGAUGUUCCUGGCAGGCGAAGCUUCCGUGGGUGUGGACAGAUCAACUACGCGUAUUUUGAUACCCCAGCUGUCUCCGCGGCAGAUCUCAGCCAGGCGCCUGAGCAGAAUGGAGGUGUGCAAAAUUCAAAUCCUCCUCUGCCUCAGACCCACCGGAGAUUAAGAAGGUCUCAUUCGGGACCAGCUGGAUCCUUCAACAAGCCGGCCAUCAGGAUAUCCAGCUACAUCCACAGAGCUUCUCCGAACUCCGACGAAGACAAACCCGAGGUGCCCCCCAGGGUCCCCAUUCCUCCUCGGCCCGUGAAGCCAGAUUACAGAAGGUGGUCGGCGGAAGUCACUUCCAGCACCUACAGCGACGAAGACCGGCCUCCCAAAGUACCACCGAGAGAACCGUUAUCACGGAGUAACUCCCGCACGCCAAGCCCCAAAAGCCUUCCGUCUUACCUCAAUGGGGUCAUGCCCCCCACGCAGAGCUUUGCCCCUGACCCCAAGUACGUGAGCAGCAAAGCUCUGCAGAGACAGAACAGCGAAGGGUCCGCCAGUAAGGCUCCCUGCAUCCUGCCCGUCAUCGAAAACGGGAAGAAGGUGAGCUCGACACACUAUUACCUACUACCUGAGAGACCGCCGUACCUGGACAAGUUUGAAAAGUUUUUCCGGGAAGCAGAGGAAACAAACUCAAGCACCCACACCCAGCCGCUGUCUGCUGACCGCGGUACAGCCUCGGCCGCAGAAAAGCUGGACUCCAAGACAAGACUGGACCUGGGGGGCCACGUGAGGCGUAAACACUCGUCCUACGUGGUUUCUCCUUAGGCUUCGGCGUCGCGGGUCAGCGGGGGUUCCGUGGGAGCGAGUGGCUCCCCAGCCGCCCUCCAGGCCGGUUGAGGUUCGCAGGAAGAGGUCUCGGAUUGCAGAACAGAACGGCUGAACCCUCCGUCUUAGAAAGGGUAGGGGCGGUCGCGGGGCGAUCUCGGGCCGAGAAUCCCCGAUCGUGCCGGCGUUGGAGAAAAAAGUCUGUUCCGGUCCGUAAUUUAAAAGUGGGCGGGCAGGCAGGGAAGGCUGGGGAACCUUGGACAUGUGCAUACGUUAUAGGCCUGUGUAGAAACUCGUGCUGUAACCAUAGACCGUAGCUGCAGGGUAACCAAUUAGUUGCUACCUUAGAGUAAUAUAUAUUCAAGAUGGUAAAAGCUGGGGGGCAACUCCUGACUGAAAAUUGAGCGAAUGGAAGAAAACACAGUAUUGUUUAGAUCAGAAUCAUUAAAAAAAAAAAAAAAAAAA